GUCUUAUUCUUAUCGCAUUGCACCGGUCACGCAAAUUUUUCUACGUUUGCAUAUUUAUGUGUUUUGCGUCAAACUGCAAGAAUGUCAACAGCUGUUAUUAUUGGAGGCGGUGUCAGUGGAUUGUCAUCUGCUUAUUACCUACAAAAAAGUUCCAAAUUUACAAAGAUCAUUGUUCUGGAGUCAGCAAACAGAGUAGGUGGAUGGAUAAAAACUUUAAAUACGGAUGAAGGGGCAAAAAUGGAAAUGGGUCCUCGAAGUAUCCGCCCAGUAGGGCCGCAGGGAUUAAACACACUUUAUCUGGCAGAGGAACUAGGAUUGUCAGAUGAUAUUGUUCCAGUUUUGCGUUCAAGUCCAGCUGCUAAGAGCAGGUUUAUAUAUGCCAAUGAUAGGCCAAACAUUAUGCCAUCAAGUUUAUUCUCCAUGUUUAAGAAGACGCCACCAUUUUCAAAACCUCUAGUAAGGUAUGCUUUCCAUGAUUUCACAACACCAAGCCAAUCAAAGGAAGAUGAGAAUGUAUACGAGUUUAUAAGCAGGAGGUUUGAUGAAGAUUUAGCAAAAUAUGCUAUUGAUCCUCUGUGCAGAGGAAUAUUUGCUGGGGAUUGUAGAAAACUUAGUGUCAAGUCCUGUUUUCCAAUUUUACAUUCAGCAGAAGAGAAACAUGGAUCAGUAAUUAAAGGAUUAGCUAAAGCUGUCAGUGAUAAACCACCAGUGCAAGGUAGAUUAAGUAACCUUGUUGUAAGAAGAACAAACGAGAAAUGGUCAACUUUCUCUUUCAAGCAAGGGUUACAGCAAUUGUCUGACAGUCUCAGAGAUGCUGUAAAACAAAACCCAAAAGUUGAAGUUUUAAUGAACUCCCCAUGCACACAAGUAAACUUCUCUAAUGGUAAGGCAUUGUUGACGGUCAAUGGAGACAGCAUUGAAUCAGAUCAUCUUAUUUCCAGUGUUUAUGCCCAGGAUUUGGCAAACAUUGUUAUGGAGAACAACUCUACGUUGGCACACAAUUUGUCUAAAAUACCUGCAGUAGAUGCUGUUGUCACAUGUAUGGAGUUUGACGGGAAGGUUGAGUUACCUGCCCCAGGUUUUGGACAUUUGACACCAUCAUUUGAGAAUAGCUGUGUUUUGGGUGUUAUAUAUGACUCUUGUACAUUUCCAGAGCAUGAUAGACAGGAUAAACCUUCAACAAGGUUCACAGUAAUGAUGGGAGGUAGCUGGAUUGAAGACUUAAAGAAACUUGUACCUUCAAUGACUACAGAUGAUCUUGGGAAAUUUGCCACAAAAUCUCUCAAAACACAGCUUAGUAUUUCCCAGGAGCCAAUCAAAAUCCACACUGAAAUUCAAAGACAAUGCAUUCCUCAGUAUAUAGUGGGACAUGGGAAGGUUUUAGAAAAUAUUUUCUCGCAAAUCAAGAGAGAAGAGUUGCCAUUGAGUUUGGUAGGGUCAUCAUACAAGGGGCCAAGUGUAAAUGAUUGUAUAAAUAAUGCAAGAAUAGAGAUGGAAAGAAUUACAGGAACUUCUCUUCAGUAGGUUACUUACAUAUUUAGCUGACAUAAUUCAGGUGUUACACGUACCACAGACAAAUUUUCCAUUUUACACAUGUGACUUACAGUUAUACAUUUGAGGGAUACACAGGAAACUAACUUAGUUUCUUUGAAUUUAACACAUGCGACUGAGUUAGGUCCAAUCUAACAUGUGACAGGUUCCAGGUCAAAGUCACUGUCAAUGAAACAGAAAAGAACAUUUCUGUUCAAUUACUUGAGUUAAGAUGCAUGUAUUGAAAUUGAAGUGGUCCAAAUCUUCAGUAUCACAGUUCCAAGUGUUACACUUGACAUACUUAAAGUUUGACACACUUGA